UCCUUUGCUCUUCCCUAUAUAAAAGAAAUAAGAGCCAGCUCAUUCCAUUCCAACCAACAGACCACUAACAUCUUCCACAGUGAUCCCACUUUUCCAUAGCAGAGAGAGAAGAGAAACAGUGAACAGUGAAAUUAAAAAAGAAAGAGAGAAAGAGAGAAAGAAUCAACAACAUCAACUGAAGCCAUGGCUUUUGCGAAUGAAAUCAUGGCUUCUUCAUCAAGAGUCCUUCUACAUAAUAGUUUUAAACAGAGUCAAUCACCAUUCUUGGUAAGCCCUGUGUUGGUGAGGUUGAGGAAAGCUGUAAAGUUUCCUGUGGCAGCUUUAAGUGAAGAUUUGCUGAGGGACCCUUCCUCUUCCUCCUCCUCCUCUUCUUCUUCAUCUUCCACUUCGUCUUCGACCUCAGUGUCUUUAUCUUCUUCUACUACGUCUGUGCCUGUUCCUGUUCCCGUGGUACCCUCUGAGAAACCGGUGAAAUUCAGAGUUAGAGCUGUGGUGACUGUGAGGAAUAAGAUCAAAGAGGGUUUUAAAGAGACUCUUGUGAAGCAUUUUGAUGCUCUUACUGACAAUAUUGGACAGAAUAUUGUUCUGGAACUUAUUAGCACUGAGAUUGAUCCAAAAACGAAGGCCGCAAAGAAGAGCAACGAAGCAGUGCUGAAAGAUUGGUCGAAGAAGAUCAAUGUUAAAGCAGAGAGAGUUAAUUACACAGCAGAGUAUAUGAUUGACUCUAAUUUUGGAGAGCCAGGAGCAAUAACUGUGUCGAAUAAACAUCAACAAGAAUUCUUCUUAGAAUGCAUAACAAUUGAAGGGUUUGCCACUGGACCUGUUCAUUUCCCUUGCAAUUCAUGGGUACAAGCACGAAAAGAUCAUCCUGGAAAAAGGAUAUUCUUUUCCAACAAGCCCUACUUGCCUGGAGAUACACCUGCUGGUCUUAGAUUUUUGAGGGAAAAAGAGCUGAGGAAUCUCAGAGGCGAUGGAAAAGGAGUUAGAAACUUGUCUGAUAGAAUAUAUGACUUUGAUACAUACAAUGAUCUUGGAAACCCAGACAGAGCACCUGAGUUUGCAAGACCAACAAUUGGAGGAUCUGAGCAGUAUCCAUACCCAAGACGGUGUCGUACUGGCCGUCUCCCAUCUGACACUGACAUGUUUGCAGAGAGCCGUUUAGAGAAACCAAAUCCGAUGUACGUCCCGAGGGACGAACGAUUUGAAGAGUCUAAGCAGAACACAUUUUCUGUGAAGAGACUCAAGGCUGUUCUCCAUAACUUGAUUCCUGGGCUUAAAGCUAGUAUCUCUGCUGAUAAUCAAGAUUUCAAUGAUUUCUCAGAUGUUGAUGGUCUUUACAGUAAAGGGUUACUGAUUCAGUUGGGUUUACAAGAUGAUGUUUUAAAGAAACUUCCUUUGCCAAAUGUGGUUAGCAAGAUCCAGGAAUCAAGCCAGGGACUUCUUAAAUAUGACACUCCCAAGAUUAUAUCCAAGGACAAAUUUGCGUGGCUGCGAGAUGACGAAUUUGCCCGCCAAGCAAUUGCAGGAGUCAACCCUAUUGGCAUUGAGAGGCUUCAAGUUUUUCCACCGGUUAGCAAGCUUGACCCGCAAAUAUAUGGUCCCCAAGAGUCUGCUCUUAAAGAAGAGCAUAUUCUAAACCAACUCAACGGCAUGACUGUGCAACAGGCAAUAGAUGAAAAUAAGCUGUUCAUAAUAGAUUAUCAUGAUGUUUACCUUCCAUUUCUUGAAAGGAUUAAUGCACUUGAUGGUAGGAAAGCAUAUGCUACACGCACGAUCUUUUUCUUGACACCGCUUGGUACUCUCAAGCCUGUGGCUAUAGAACUUAGCCUGCCUCCGGCCGGGCCAAGUUCCCGGUCCAAACGCGUAGUCACACCUGCCAUAGAUGCAACUACCAAUUGGAUGUGGCAGCUUGCUAAGGCGCAUGUUUGUGCCAAUGAUGCCGGGGUGCACCAACUUUACAACCAUUGGUUACGCACACAUGCUUGCAUGGAACCAUUUAUUUUGGCUGCUCACAGGCAAAUGAGUGCUAUGCAUCCGAUUUUUAAGUUGUUAGAUCCACACAUGAGGUACACUUUGGAGAUCAAUGCCCUGGCUCGCCAGAGCUUAAUCAAUGCUGAUGGAAUUAUUGAGAAUUGCUUCACCCCUGGCCGCUACGCCAUGGAAAUUAGUUCUGCUUUCUACAAAAACUAUUGGCGUUUCGACAUGGAUAGUCUCCCUGCUGAUCUCAUCCGCAGGGGAAUGGCGGAACCAGACCCAUCCCAACCACAUGGCCUAAAGCUUGUAUUUGAAGACUACCCUUAUGCUGCGGACGGUCUUAUGAUCUGGUCAGCAAUUGAAAACUGGGUCCGCACCUAUGUGAACCAUUACUACCCACAUUCAAGCCUUAUAAUCAAUGAUAAAGAGCUUCAAGCAUGGUACUAUGAGUCAAUCAACGUGGGCCACGCAGAUCGCAGCCACGAGAGCUGGUGGCCCACGUUGAACAACAGUGAGAAUCUUGUCACCGUACUCACUACAUUGAUCUGGCUUGCGUCUGCUCAGCACGCUGCUCUUAACUUUGGCCAGUAUCCUUAUGGAGGGUACGUGCCGAAUCGUCCCCCGUUGAUGCGAAGAUUGAUACCGGAUGAGAGUGAUCCAGAAUAUGCCAGUUUCAUUGCUGAUCCACAGAAGUAUUUUCUCAACGCCUUGCCUAGUUUGUUGCAAGCUUCGAAAUACAUGGCCGUGGUGGACACUCUCUCCACUCACUCCCCUGACGAGGAGUACUUGGGAGAGAGGCAGCAACCUUCCAUUUGGUCCGGUGAUGCUGAGAUCGUCGAGGCGUUUUACGAGUUCUCGGCCGAGAUGAGACGGAUUGAGAAGGUCAUUGACGGAAGGAACCGGGAUAAGAAGCUGAGGAACCGGUGUGGGGCAGGAGUGUUGCCUUAUGAGUUGCUUGCACCAAGUUCUGAACCGGGUGUUACAUGCAGAGGAGUUCCAAAUAGUGUGUCCACGUAAAUUCCGGAAAUAAAUAAAAGUUGAGUCUCACAUCUUGAUAAAGAAUUAUGUUGGGCUUAAAUAGUUAGUAUUAUGGGAAACGGGUCUGUGGUCUAUGUGGAGCACUAGGCUUGCCUAAUUUGUAACUAGAUUGGAUUAAUGUUAGUAUAUAUUGGUUAUUGGUAAUAUACUCUAAGGUUAUAUAUAUCAUAUUUUAUUAAAUAAUAAAUAGAGUUCGGUGAUGUAUUAGUUAGA